UCGCUGUUAGGUAAGGGAAAGGAAAAGAAAAAGAGCAGGAAGAUGGAAGCAAAAGUUUGACAAAAAUUCAAAUGUUAUAAGAUCCUGGAAAAGUAAAAAAGGUAACUUUAUUCCAUUUACUAAGUACCAGGAAGUGUACACUAGGCAUUUUACUUGAUCUCCUGGUCCAAGCCUGUGUGUGUGUGUGUGUGUGUGUGUGUGUGUGUGUGUGUGUGCCUAAGUAUAAAUGUGCAUGUGGUGGGAUAAAGAUUGAGAGAAAAUGAAAGUGCCCAUAUGGUAAGCAUAAGUUCUUAGAGCCUCAAGAUAAUGUAGAAUAAUAUUGGCAAAAAUUAGCUUGUAUGCCCCAAUUUUCUCAUCCCAUGCUCAUGGCAAACAUUAUUAAUGAUUCUCAAAUAUCUUUUCCACUGAGCUGCAUCGGAUUCUUUCUCAACAGUAUCCAACUCUCCAUCCAGAGCCAUCAGAGUUCCUAUGUGAUCCCUCCGUUCUAUGGACAAGGUCAGCACCUGACCUGAAGGGAUUAACAUGUCUAUUAUCCAUCUCCUGCCAUCACAUUCCUCAGAUCCCUCCCCACAGGGAGCAUUCCAAGUCCAGGGGCCCCAUGAACCUUUGGUGGCCAUCCUGGGUGGUGAAGCUGAGCUGCCCUGCUUCCUCUUGCCUCCUCAAAAUGUUAAAAAUAUGGAAAUAAGAUGGACCAGAUCCCUACCCUCCCAUGUGGUACACCUGUACGAGAAUGGGAGGGACAAGCCUGAGGAAGCUAUGGUGGAGUAUUUAGGGAGGACAGAGCUUGUGAAAAAUGUCAUGCCUAAGGGGAUAGUGGUGCUGAGAAUCCUCAAUGUCCAACCCUCUGACAAUGGGCAGUAUUGCUGUGCAUUCAAAAAUGGCUCCUUCUACAAUGAUACAGUGAUUGAGCUGAAAGUGGCAGGUAAUGGCCCACAUUUAUUGUCCUGACACCCCACAAGGGUGAGUUUAUUCUGGGAUGGGCUCCUUCUUCUGAUCCAAUUUUUCUGGGAAAUAUAAAGAAGUCAUAGGAGAAAGGGAGAUGGCAACUACUUCUAAUCACCCCAUUAUCCCAUAUAUCACUGCUUGGGUCUAAAUAAAAGAUAAUAAAGAGAUGCAUAGUGGAAGUCAGGAAAUAGGGGCCAUUUGUUUUGGAUUGUGUUGGACUUCUCUCUCACCCAGGAGUCUAAGUCCCAUCCUUUGUUGCAAAAACUUCCUCAGAGCCUCAGUUCCCUG